AUGGGUCCAAUCGUCGCUGAUUUUUGUGGCGAGAGGAGUGCAUUCAGUGAUAGUUUGGAGUGGCCAGAGUACCUGAGCAGGUAUGGAUGGGAUUUUGGUGUGAAUAUGGAGACUGAUAUCGGUGAUUAUUUGGAGAUCGAUGGGGGCAUGGAGACUAGCGACGAUGAGGGGGGCGAUGAUGGGGAGAAGUGCAGUGAAGUGCAAUCGGCGAAUCGCGGGGAGGUGACGGCCGAUAAGCCGAGUCAUUGUGAUGCGGAAGGGAGUAAGGAGGAUCGGGUUAUGGUACCAACAAAUCCGUCGGACUGGAAUGCUAACCACGUGGCAGCCUGGUUGUCCUGGUGCGGACGUGCCUUCUCGAUAAAUCCUCUACCCUCAGCGAAUGAAUUGCCGGAAACCGGGAAAGCUCUUCUUGAAAUCUCUUCCGAGUCUUGGAAACGAAUACCGGGGGGCCAGAUAUUGGCCCGGCAUCUUGGCUAUUUGCACCUUCAGGCAACUGGAAUUUAUUGUCAGGAUCUACUGCAGGAGGAUAAACGACAGGAUGAAAGGUUCAGCCUCCUCCAGCGGACCUGUACGCUGAUUGGCUCAUCUAGUGGCAGCGCUAACACGGGGGCGGUCGGUGGCGGACAAGUACAGCUAUGGCAAUUCCUCCUCGAGCUACUCUCGGAUUCGUCCAAUUCCACUUGUAUUGCGUGGGAGGGUACGAAUGGUGAAUUCAAGCUCACUGAUCCGGAUGAGGUUGCACGCAGAUGGGGUGAACGCAAGAGUAAACCAAAUAUGAAUUAUGAUAAACUCUCCAGAGCGCUCAGAUACUAUUACGACAAAAACAUAAUGACAAAAGUUCAUGGCAAACGUUACGCCUACAAAUUCGAUUUUCACGGACUGAUGGUGGCCUGUCAGGCACAGGCCGGCAUCACUCUCGACUCGUCCACACCUCUCCGCGGCUCGGCAUCCUGUCACUCUCAUCAUCACCUGUGUGUACCUGCCUCGUCAACUGCCGACAUUAGGCCGCCUCCCCCUGGUCCCUCAUUAGGACCGCGGACAGCGCAACCAUCACCUCCGUACUGCUGGCCAUAUCCACGGUAUCCGUCAUCGACAUGAGGACAUUUUCAA